CCUCUCUCUCUCUUUCCCUCCUUCAAACUCUCUCUCUCUCUCUAACUUUCUCUCUCUAAAUCUCUCACAGUGACACAGAGAGAACCAAAUGAACUUCACUGAACCCUAGCUUUCUCUCUCUUCCUCUCUCUCUCUCUCGCUCUUCGAGCAACAACAGCAAGAACUCCGCGUAGUCUCAGUGAUCCUCGUCGAACCGAAACGGUUUGCCACAGAUGCAGGGCAUUUUGGGAUCGGUUCGCCAGUCCUUGGUGUUCCGAACAGCUGGCGGCAGCGGCGGUGAAGACGGAGGAGUAGGAGGAAGCUUCGGCGGUUUCGUAGAGAAGAUCGGCUCCAGCAUUCGCAAAUCUCGAAUCGGACUGUUCUCCAAAUCGCCGGUUCGCGCACUCCCUCCGGUUCCAAAAUCCGAUGACGCUCAGCCGAUCCGGUGGCGCAGAGGCGAGUUGAUUGGUUGCGGCGCUUUCGGUCGCGUUUAUAUGGGGAUGAACCUCGACUCCGGCGAGCUACUCGCCGUCAAACAGGUUUCGAUUACGACGAAUAGUGCUUCAAAGGAGAAAACACAAGCUCACAUUAGGGAAUUGGAGGAGGAAGUAAAGUUGCUGAAGAAUCUUUCACAUCCAAAUAUUGUUAGAUAUUUGGGAACUGCUAGAGAGCAUGACUCAUUGAAUAUUCUGUUGGAAUUUGUUCCGGGUGGAUCUAUAUCAUCACUCUUAGGGAAAUUCGGAUCCUUCCCCGAGUCUGUUAUAAGAAUGUAUACAAAACAAUUGUUACUGGGUCUUGAAUACCUUCACAAGAAUGGAAUUAUGCAUAGGGACAUCAAGGGUGCAAACAUUCUUGUUGAUAAUAAGGGAUGCAUUAAACUUGCGGACUUUGGUGCGUCCAAGCAAGUUGUUGAGUUGGCUACUAUAAAUGGUGCCAAGUCGAUGAAGGGUACUCCAUAUUGGAUGGCUCCCGAAGUUAUUCUUCAAACUGGGCAUAGCUUCUCUGCUGAUAUAUGGAGUGUCGGGUGUACUGUAAUUGAGAUGGCUACAGGAAAGCCUCCAUGGAGCCAACAAUAUCAGGAGGUUGCUGCUCUCUUCCAUAUUGGAACAACUAAAUCUCAUCCACCCAUCCCUGAGCAUCUCUCUGCUGAGGCGAAGGAUUUUCUUUUAAAAUGUUUACAGAAGGAACCUGACUUAAGGCAUGUUGCAUCAGACUUGCUUCAGCAUCCAUUUGUCACUGGAGAUUAUUGGGAAUCUCAUCCAAUUAGCACUUCAGUUAUGGAAUCCGUAAGCAAUAUUGUAACACCUGAGAUGAAUCUUAAGAACUCCUUGAACCAUGUGAUCAGAAUGUCAACCUGCACAGGCUUAAAGGAUGUCUGUGAAAUGGAUAGCCUGAGGAUCUCAACUGUAUAUCCCCAAAAUUCCUUAAACUUAAAUGUGAGAUCUUGGGGAUUGAGCAAUCCUGAUGAUGACAUGUGUCAGAUAGAUGAUAAAGAUGACCUGAUGGUUGGUGCAUCAGUAAAGCUCAAAUCCAUCAUAGUGUCUGAUGAUUUAAAUAAGAGUUUUAAUCCUAUGUGUGAGCCUACUGAUGACUGGCCCUGCAAGUUUGAUGGAAGUCUAGAGUCAGAGAGAAGUGGAAUAGACUUGUCUCCCGGUCAAACAAUCCAGAAUGCUGCUGGCAGCCCUGGAGUACCAGGUAAGGGGGAGAAUGACUUCACAUUUCCGUGUGGGCCAACAGGAGCUGAGGAUGAUGAUGAAGUUACAGAAUCAAAAAUCAGAGCCUUCCUGGAUGAAAAGGCUUUAGAUUUGAAGAAGCUGCAGACACCUCUAUAUGAGUUCUACAGCACAAUGAAUGCAGCUGGUCCUCCUGGUGCAGUUCAAAUGGCACAAAGUGAGAAUGCUUUGAAUAUCUUGAAUUUACCUCCUAAAAGCAGGUCCCCCAAUCGGACACCUACCAGAAGACUCUCAGUAGUUCAUUCUACCAAUAAUGCAAGACCUGGGAAUCAUGCGAAAAAUGAAUCAAAUGCUAGUGGUUUACAUGACCGAGCUCUACAGGAAAUUCAGCCACCUCAGCAGAGUGAAUGGAAAGGGCUUCUUCUUGAUUCUCAGCAGGAGUCAUUCAAUCCAAGUGAUAGCUUCUCUGAGAGACAAAGGAAAUGGAAAGAAGAGCUUGAUGAAGAGCUUAAGAGGAACCGAGAGAUGAUGCGCCAGGCAGGUGCAGGAGGGAAGACAUCAUCUCCAAACAAUUGCAUUCUUACUCGCCAAAGAGAACGGCUACGUUUUGCAUUCUCAGGCAAAUGAUACAUAUAUCUCACCUGUAUUUAUGCCAGUGUUCAAUGGAAAAAUUUAUGGAUUUCCAUUGGGAGUGGUCAUGUAUGUAAUAUGAAUAUUGGUGCAAUGGUGUCUAAUAAUGCAUAGUGGUCAACAUUGCCAAAUCUGCAAGAAUAGCCGGCGCUGCAAGCUUCCAGUGCUGUAUCUAUCAUUCAGCAGAAAAUGUCAAAUAGACAGGAUAUUUAUACCCCUUUUUUCUUUUUAAUUUUUAAUUUUACCCUUCUUUUCUUUAAGUUCAUGUAUGUUGUUGCGGGAUAUGAAACAUAGUAAAUUUGAGUUUUUACUUUAUAUUCAUAAUAUGUAUUUUUUACUACUA